AUGAAUACUUCAAAGUCAACAGCAAGUAGUUAUUGUAAUGCAAACAACCCCGAUGACGGUUCUUCAAGUUCUUCGAGCACUAGUAGUGCUAACAAAAAACGGAAAACAGAAACUCGUCUUGGCAAUUUACUGUCAAGAGUUCGUCAAAAGGCCUCAUCAUCCUUCAAGUUAUAUUUUGACCAAAAUGACUGUAAUAGUUACAUGGAGGCAGAAUCAGAGUGCAUGAAGUCGUUAUGUGGUCCAAAUGGGGAAACAUUAGAUAAAGAUGAAGACCUUUUUGCAUACAUUGAAAGGAAAGGUCUAUUUUUAUCGAAGUGUUGGUUUGUUUUAUCAACUAAAUCUGUAGCAUAUGACCAUGAUAACGAGUAUGAAGAAGCUGGUCAGGAAACUUUUAAUAAACAAGAUUACGUUGAAACUUUCACUGAGAACUUUUGCCAUGCAAUAACAGAACCAAAGGAAAUUAGCAGGCGACGUAUAUGUUCUGUUUGUAAUUGCAGCUAUAUCGGAAACCAAUGUAUUAUUUGCAUCCAAAAUAAUGAGUAUAGUGCUUCUUGUAUUGCAGAUAGCAACUUGAACUUGUUUGCUGGAGCUUCAAUAGCUAUAGCAACCGGUGGGAACGAGCCUUCGAAUUUGGAUAAUGCAAGCGCAAGUUCUGAUGUUACAGACGUAGCACAGCACAUUGCUAAAAUACACCGCAUGACGAUAAGGAAAGAUUUGAUGGAUUUAUUUAUUACUAAGCAGAUCAAUGUGACAGAUGACAUCCGAUAUAUAUGGAUUGAUCCUCGUGGCCAAGAAGAAAAUGGUGCAGGGUCAGGUGUUUCUUGGGAUAUUUAUUCUUCAUUCUGGAAUGAAGUAUACAAUAUAUACUUGUAUGGCGAGCAAGAAAGAGUGCCACAAGUUCGGCAUGAUUUGUACAAACAAGAGUGGCGUGCAAUUGGCAUGAUCAUUUUAAAGGGGUAUGUUGACACUGGUUACUUUUCAAUCAGUUUGAGUCGAGCAUUUUUAUGUUUUUGUUUGUUCGGAGAAGUUCCAGAAGAGCUGCUGAUAUCUUCAUUCCUGAAAUACUUGUCAUCAGAUGAAAGUCAGUUGGUGACAAAAGCCAUUGGUAAAAACGAAGAUGAGAAUGUUAUUCACAGUGAUGAAUUUGCUGAAAUUUUGGAACAAUUCAAAUGUAAAACUGUAGUAACAGAAUCAAAUGUGAAAACAGUUAUCAUUGAAUUAGCUCGCCAGGAACUUGUACAGAAAAGUCACAUUAUAGCCUCAUGUUGGGAAGUUGCCUUUUCAGAGCUUAAAAAGAAGCCAGAAUUUUCAUCCAUGGAGAAUAUUGUGAAGUUUUAUGAAAGAUUGGAACCAACCACAAAAAAGGUUGUAGCCUUGUUCAAAAAUGUCCAUACGAGUAGCAGUGCUGAACAAGACUCGUUCAAUUAUUUAAAGCGGUAUGUGAGAGGUUUAGAAACCAUUAUGUUGAAAAAAUUUAUGAAGUUCAUAACAGGCUCAGAUAACAUGGUUGUUGAUACAGUAGAAAUAAUUUUUACGCGACCGGAAUCGAAUUUUAGUAGUAGACCAGUAGCUCACACAUGCACACCAAGCUUAGAACUUCCUUCAACUUAUAAUAAUUAUUGCGAACUCCGUGAAGAAUUCAGCAAUAUAUUGCAGUCAUCUGAAUGGGAGCUGGACAUCAUUUAAACUGAUUUUGGAUCCUUUUUUGUUUUGUUGUUAUGUUUGAACUGACAGACCAUAGAGUUUCCAGUAUUCUGUUUUGUUAAAACUUUUUUUAUACAAUUUUUAAGAGGGUUUUUAGGUCCAAUAAAAAACUUUGUUUCGAUUUAUUUUUAUUGUGUUUUUUUUAUCAUUUGUAUAAAUAUCUG